CGACGGGAGUCAAGGGAUUGAUCGACGUGGUCGUGGGUGAUCUUUCGAAAUACACGAAUUGCUUCGGUUAGAUCGUUGUCCACCGCAUGCAAGUACGGACGUGUUGGAUGAGGAUCGCGAAGAAGACUAUGAGGUGGAUAGCAGCUGUCGCUGGGUUUUUCCUGGUUUUCACUUUUCCACAGGAUGUGUUAGGGAAAUUAAAACGGAGUAUAGACCUGAGAGACAUCGAAUACUUCAAAAUAAGCCAGGCUAGAGUAGCACCGGAAGUAAUACCAACCAGCUACCAUCUGGAGCUUCGACCCUUUAUUGGGAAUGAUCAAUUCAAAGGUCGUGUUAAAAUCAAUGUCACCUGGACGAAUAGCAGUGACACGAUCAUGCUCAACGUUGAUCCAAAUCUUAUGGUCUUGAAGUACAACGUUAGGAUCACGGAAGCGUCGUUCAUGGAAAGAGAAUUAGGUCUACCACUGAUGGAUGUGAACGUUGCGAGGGUCAAGGUUCCUACUUCUCGGAAACCUUUGUACUCGAUUCACUUGGAACAGAUACUGAAGAGCGGCAGCAGCUGCGAAGUAGAUAUCACCUUCAUCGGAAACUUUACCACCGACAAGUCCAGGGGUUUCUUCAAAAACGAAUACACCGACAACAAUGGAAAAAAACAUCCCUUCGUGGCUAUGACUCUCAGAUUGGCUAAUGCACACAAUGUCUUCCCCUGUAUGGACGAACCUCCUUAUAAAGCGCCCUUCAAGUUUAGCGUCUUGCGACCAAAGAACAUGACUGCCCUUUCAAACACCCCGCUAGAGAGCAGCACUGAAGCAGACGAGCCGAAUUUAAUCUGGGAUCACUUCGUGGAAACACCGAAAAUGUUAACGUAUCAAUUGGCUUUGAUCGUAUCGGAUCUCGAAAGCAUCACACCCACGCAAGAAAUCAAUGAGAUGGAUGGUAGGAAGCUCGAGAUUAAAGUGUGGGGUCGAAAGGAAUACUUGGACUCUUUAAGGGACGUACCUAACAAGGUUGUCAAGAUUAUGAAUUAUUUACAAGAUUACUUCAACAGCUCUAUUAGUUUACGAAAACUUGACUUGGUAGCUGUUCCCUCGUAUAAUGCUGCUAAGGCGUCUGACAGAUGGGGCCUGAUGUUCUUCAAGGAAAGUGAACUAAGCAGUCCAUCCAUUUGGAAUACGGCCUAUGAGCUAAUUUAUCAGUGGAUAGGCCAAUAUAUCACGCCAUUCCGUUGGAGUGAUGCGCCCAUUAAUAAAGCACUUAAUUCAUUCUUAGCUUCAAUGACGACGGUGGAUUUGAAUCCAGAAGAAAUGGAAGGAAAGUGGCCAAUGACUAUGUUAUAUUCUCUUUACUACGAAUUUGGGAAAUUUGAACCUUUCUCGAGGGUCGCAGGAAUGAGGGACAAAGCUACAUCAGCGAAAACGGAACUCGUAUUCCGGAUGUUCAAUUACACCCUUGGCAAAGAGCUAUUCCAGAAAGGCGUUAGAAAUUUCAUAAAACAGAAUUUUGAAAACAACCAACGAACCUUCUUCGCAGACGACAUUUAUAACCGAUUAAACGAUGUCGUGAAUGGAACGAACAUUUUGCCAGAAGGCUUGACAGUGAACAGCAUCGCAGGUCCAUGGACUAAUCGAGAUAGAGUACCAUUGGUCACUGUGAACCGCAAUUAUGAAGAUCAGACGAUUUCAUUUACCCAGAAAGUCUACCUCAGAGAAUCCCCACGUAACACUACUCCUAAAGUAUCUUAUGAAUGGGACAUACCAUUAGUGAUGAUGACACAAGAAAAUUUGGAAUUUCAUCCACCUUACAACCUAUGGUUGACAAAAGGAAAAGGAGCUAACAAUCUCAUUAUUGCAGAUACCACUGAUGAAAAUCAAUUUAUUAUUGUUAACCCAGAAGAAAUAGGUAUGUUCCCGGUAAACUACGACUUCUGUAACUGGAAAUUGCUAUCGCAAUUUUUACAAAGUCCAAAACGAGAAAUGAUUCCUCCUUUAACUAGAGCAAAACUACUACACGAUUCUUGGAAUUUAGCUUAUUCUGGAGAACUUUGUUUUGAAAUCGCAUUAAAUAUGACUCUCUUUUUAAAAGAAGAAAGAAGUCAUGUAGUAUGGGAACCGGUGUUUAUGAUGAUUGAUCAUGUCGGUAGACAUAUCGAAGGAUCUGAUGUGUAUCCAAAAUUCGAGGCAUACAUACGCACUUUGUUAGUGCCUUUCUAUGAAGAACUCAAUGAGACUAUAGAGCCUGACGAACCAUCUUGGAAAACUCAUAUGCGAGGCAUGACGAAAAAUUUUCUUUGUCAUAUUGGAUACGAACCAUGCGUUAACGAAGCAAGAGAGCAGUACAAAAAGUGGCUAACUGAUGAGGACCCGGAUAAGGGAAAUCCAGUUGCCAAUGAAUUCAUUUGUCCAGUAUUCAAAUGGGGUUCUGAGGAAGAAUGGGAGUUUGGACUUCAACGCGUUAUAAAUUUCCCACAAAACAGUCCAGAAAGGAAACAAAAUGAACGCACUUAUCUUUUAAAAUCCUUAGCUGGUUGUCCUAAAGAUAUGUACAAAAUUGAAAGGCUGUUAAAUGUAACAAUUUUUGAUCAGAAUGCAAACUUCAGUGACUCUGAUAUCCAAUUAGUCUUUGCUAUAUUAAGUGGUAGAGCAGCUGGUUAUACAACACUCUUCAACUUUUUAACUGAUAACUGGGAUACUAUAAAACAAAGAUUUGAGGAUAACAAACGCGUUUGGUAUCAUAUAAUCAAAAAUGCAGCUUUUUCAUUUAGCUCUGAGAAGGGUUUAGAUCUGGUUCGUAAAUUAUAUGAGAGCAAUACAGAAGAAUUCCACCCACCUAAUUCUAUGGUCCACAAAGCUUUCAAAAAAAGAAGAAAUGAAUGGAAUGAAAAGAAUAUUCCAGUAAUUAAUGGUUGGCUCAUGGAAAAUUUGCCAAAAGAAGAACUAGAAGCACUUCAAGUUUAUACAGUCACUACUACUAUGACCCCUAGCAUAGAAGUUCUAGCAUAAUUAAAAAAGUAGACUCAUAAUUAGGAAUUGAACAAAAAUGUUAAUAAUUUAAAAGUAUAAAAAAAAUUUUUAAUUUCCUGAAAUGUUUACAAACUAUAUCUUGUACCAAUUGUCAACUGCUUGAAAUUUAGAUAUAUCAAUGAUUUGUG